GAGGAGGAGAAUGGGUGAAAGUGUGUGAACACUCACACACAGCCGAGGGUGGAUGUGUUCUUAGCAACAAGCCCGAGGAGUGUAGGAGGAAGAGACGGGAGAAUCAGAGAUAGAGGAGUGGAACACUGACACAAAUGUGUGUGAAGGAGCAGGAAUAAGAAUUACGCGUAUAUUUGAAUGAAUUAUAGUUCGUCAAUAAUUUAAAUGAGAAGAUUGCAUUGAGGAGCUUGCCAGGACUACAUAGACUUUAACUUGUGCUAUAAUAGAGAACAUAAGGAACUGACAUUGAUUUCUUUUUAAGGUUAAUUUAUUGGAUUAUUGUGGAAGCUCUCUGGAGCUUUGGAUAAAAGCUAAAUCUGUCGUUUUCACUCUAUUUUUGACAUUUAUUUUACCUUUGGACUUGAACCAGUCCCUUUCUACAUUUGAAUCACAAUGUGGAGCUCUUUUUAUAAUUCGACUCUGUUGGAAAAUUCUCACUAUAUUUUUCAUAUAGACAUGUGGUUUAACUGAUCUGUGCAGCUUCAACGUGAUGCUGUAUUUCAAGCCUGAGUAAUGUGAUUCAGCUCUACAGCAUGGAAGAAGGGAGGAAAACGAUGUUCUCCCGCAACCGCUGCAAUGGACAGGAUGGCACAGGUGUCCCUCAAUAUCCCCGACCCAAAAAGAAAACUUCAGCGCCAAAGAGAAGGCAGCCUAAUCCCAAAGUUGCUCUGGUGUUGCGUGGGAAAAUUCAUCGUUUCUUGCAGGGAUCUGCAGAUCAUUCUGUCCAGCCUUCGGGUCUUUACUGUGCUGGAAUUGAAGAAGAGGAUGAAGAGGGGGAAGAGGAUGUUGAAAAGCUGCAGAGCUACUACAGGAGAGGAUUAGCUUCAGCAGAGGUCUGCUGCUCACCUCAGGUGCCAAAUGGACAUGGGCUGGGAGUGGUUUCUGGGGCAGCUUGUGUUGGGGAAGUGGAGCUAAAUCGAGAGGGAGGCAUCAGAAUUCCUUGCACUUUGCAGCACAACAGUAAUUCUACAGUAGCUCAAAACCAAAUGACCCAAGAUGUAAAUGGGACUACGCUUUUGUCUGGAAGAGGACUUGAUGGUGAGCCUAAAAGACAGACGGAGACUUUGCUGUGCAGGUUAAAUAUGGCGAUGCUGGAUGAAGUCGUGGAGGGGAAUAAUGAAGACUAUAAAGAGGAAGAAUCAAGUGCUAUCGUUGAGCACAUUCUGAAGGAAUUGAGAGGGAUCAAUAAAAUUCAAGAGGAGAUUUCAGACUUGAGGGAGUACCUGUCAUCUGUUCAUGGCUCUGUCGAGGAGGUCUCUAGCUGUGUAGAUGCUGUCCUAAUGGAGAUCGAAUGCAUGCGUUCUGGAAACAAAUCUGGUGUCAAUACUUGGCCAGGAGCAAUGAGUGGCACUGAGGGUCACUCCCUCCAUACACACAAAUCAGAUAACACUGUUAGUAUAGGCUGCUACACUGUUGAAUCCUCAAAUAGCUGUGGUGAUAUACUCUCAGAAUAUCAAGUCAUAGAUGGGAAGCACAAAGAGGCACCAAGGCAGUCAGCUUUCACUAGUGUUGAGACUUCAAACCACAAUGAACAUCAUCCUUUUAUACAAGAAGCAUCUAAUCAAAGGUCUGAUGUAUCUCAAGGUGCAAGGAGAAGGAAGCUUAGCUUUGGUUACCUUGAGCGCCAGGAUGGACAGGACUGUCCGAGCACCAGUUCUCUGUCUUCGGGUCAGAGUUCCAAGUCUGAAUCUGAUCCAGAAAAACCCAACUUUGGACAUGGCAAAGCAGGGGGUGAAAGUCAGACCUGGAACCCAGUGGCUUUAAAACAUAGUGGGAGCGGAGAUAUCUGUUGGAGCGAAGAUGAUUCUUGCUCCAGACAAGGCAGUUUUGAAGAGGCAGAGUGCUGCAUGGGUGAAGUGGGCAGCUGGGACCCAUCAAGAGCUGUAAGUACUUGUAAGAUGGGCACCUCGGAUCAAAUUUCCAUAGUAUCUGGUAAACACUACAACUCUCCUGUUAGCAAUAGAGGAGAUUGGAAGCUGUAUGAUGCAGAAAUGCUGCCUGAAGAACCUGGUUUGGGCUGCCACAAUUGCAAUGCACAUGCUAAAUGUCCUCAGAGCUCUGUUGAUCAGAAUUGUGCGUCGUCUUGUGAAAAUUGCGUAGUUCCAUUUAAAAGCAAGUCAACAGAAAGUGUGAUUGUUGAGCCAUCCAGAAACUUUCUAUAUGAAGGUACAUCACUCUGUAAUCAAAAUGUCCCUGAUUGGAAGCCAGGCUCUGCUGAUGACAGUAAUGUGACGUUUAAUGUGAAAAAGUUUGGUAGAGCAGUUCUUGAUUUCAAAACUGCCUUGCGAGGAGCUCUGAAGAAGAUGGAUGGAGCUACUGCUACUACACCUGGUGAAAGGGUCCAAGUCCAUACGCAGAUCUCCCCACGUGAGGAACCACAAGGAAUGGUAAAUACUGAGACACCAAAUUUAGACAUGCCUCAAACAGAGAUGGAGACUACACAAAUAGAAACAAAUUAUUCUGAGCAGCCUCCAGCCAUCGUUACAGAAAAAGGUUUCAUAGAGAUACCUCAAUGCAUCUCCACCAAAGCAAAACCUGAAUUGCCUGAACAUUCAGAACAUCCAAAUUCUCCAGGGUUGGACUCAUCCACCAGUAAUGCAUCAGAUGCUACAUCUGGACAUCCAACCAAUGCUCAGUUACCACAGUGUUUCUCUACAGACAUUAUCCCAGACUCUUUUUCUCCUGAGAAACUAACAGUAGAAGAGGAGCAAAGAACACUGGCAGGGGAAACGCAGCCUCCCACUGAGUCCUCUACAGAAGGAAGUAGUGAAGCAGAGCUUAGUCAGCGGGAUGCACGUCGUCUGAAGUGCCUCAGAAGUUUCCAGCAGAUCCUAAGGGAGAAGAGAGAGUCCAGAAGACAACUCAGUAUAGGGACCAUGUCAACAUUUUCUGAAGAUGAUUUGAACCCAGAUGGAAGCCAGGAUGAAGAUCAGAAUAUCAAUGGAGACUAUAACAAACAUCCGUGGGCCAAAGCUGGGGGAGGAGGAAUAUUUGGCAUUGAUAGCAUGCCUGACCUUAGGAAGAAGAAGCCUAUCCCCUUGGUUAGCGAUGUGUCUCUUGUGCAGUCCAGGAAAGCAGGGAUCUCUCAUGCAUUAGCUGCACGCUCUUCACUGAAGGACGAAGAACUGAAGAAUCACGUGUACAAGAAGACCCUCCAGGCUCUGAUUUACCCUAUUUCUUGCACGACACCCCAUAACUUUGAAGUGUGGACGGCCACCACGCCUACCUACUGCUACGAGUGUGAGGGUUUGUUGUGGGGCAUCGCGCGGCAGGGCAUGCGCUGCUCAGAGUGUGGAGUCAAAUGCCACGAAAAAUGCCAGGAGCUUUUCAACGCAGACUGUUUACAGAGAGCUGCUGAGAAGAGCUCCAAAACCGGAGCAGAGGACAGAACCCAGCACAUCAUAUCAGCCAUGAAGGACCGCAUGAAGAUCCGAGAGAGGAACAGGCCUGAAAUCUUUGAAAUGAUAAGGCUUGUGUUCAAUAUGACUAAACUGAACCAUGCUCAGCAGAUGAAGGCCAUCAAACAGACUGUGCUUGACGGAACAUCAAAGUGGUCUGCCAAAAUCUCCAUCACGGUGGUGAGUGCUCAGGGCCUGCAGGCUAAAGACAGAACUGGUUCCAGUGAUCCGUAUGUGACCGUUCAGGUUGGCAAGACUAAGAAGAGAACCAAAACCAUCUACGGUAACCUUAACCCUGUGUGGGAGGAGACGUUCAAUUUUGAGUGUCACAAUUCAUCUGACCGCAUUAAACUGCGUGUGUGGGAUGAAGAUGACGAUAUAAAGUCUCGUGUGAAGCAGCGUCUGAAGAGAGAAUCUGAUGACUUUUUGGGUCAGAGCAUAAUUGAGGUCCGAACCCUCAGCGGAGAAAUGGAUGUCUGGUACAACCUCGAAAAACGCACAGACAAGUCAGCGGUAUCAGGGGCCAUCAGACUGCAGAUAAGUGUGGAAAUUAAAGGGGAAGAGAAAGUGGCCCCUUAUCAUGUUCAGUACACAUGUUUGCACGAGAAUAUUUUUCACUUUGUGACAGACGUUGAAGGACAAGGUGUGGUGAAGUUGCCCACGGCACGAGGAGAUGAUGCCUGGAAGGUCUACUUUGAUGAGCUUGCUCAGGAUAUUGUAGACGAAUUUGCCAUGCGCUACGGAAUAGAAUCCAUCUAUCAGGCCAUGACGCAUUUUGCAUGUCUUUCCUAUAAAUACAUGCUGUCUGGUAUUCCUGCGGUAAUGAGCACACUCCUGGCUAACAUCAACGCAUUCUACGCUCAUCCCACCUCAGUCACCAACGUCUCCGCCUGUGACCGCUUCACUGCCUCCAACUUUGGGAAAGAUCGCUUUGUUAGACUGCUGGAUCAGCUCCAUAACUCUCUCCGAAUUGACCUGUCAACAUACAGAAAUAAUUUUCCAGCCAGCAGUAAACCACGUCUAGCAGAUCUCAAAUCCACUGUGGAUUUGCUGACCAGCAUUACAUUCUUCAGACUGAAGGUUCUGGAGCUGCAGUCUCCCCCGCGUGCCGCCCAUGUGGUCAGGGACUGUGUGAAAGCAUGCCUCAACUCCACAUAUGAGUACAUCUUUAACAACUGCCAGGAGCUGUACAACAGACAGUUCCAGCCGGCCGUGGAGCCUAAACCACAAGAAAAGAAAGAGGGAGAAGAGGGUGAAGAAGAGGAAGAAAAGAAGGAUGAGAAGGAGGAGGAGAAUGCUGCUGUAGAGGAACCAGGACCAAGCAUACAGAAUUUGGACUUUUGGCCCAAACUCAUCACCUUAAUAGUUUCCAUCAUAGAGGAGGACAGGAACUCCUACAGCUCGAUCAUAAAUCAGUUUCCUCAAGAGCUGAAUGUGGGGAAUGUCAGUGCUGAGGUCAUGUGGACACUCUUUGCUCAGGACAUGAAGUAUGCACUGGAAGAGCAUGAGAAGCUGAGGUUGUGUAAAAGUGCGGACUACAUGAAUCUGCAUUUCAAAGUCAAAUGGCUCUACAACGAAUACGUCCAUGACCUGCCCGCCUUCUCCAACACCGUCCCAGAGUACCCAUCGUGGUUUCUGCCAUUUGUUCUCCAGUGGCUGGCUGAGAAUGAGGAAGUGUCGAUGGAGUUUAUGCAUGGAGCCCUUGAGAGGGAUAAAAGAGAGGGGUUCCAGCAGACAUCUGAGCAUGCUCUGUUCUCCUGUUCGGUCGUGGACAUCUUCACUCAGCUCAACCAAAGCUUUGAAAUCAUUAAGAAACUAGACUGUCCUGAUCCUGCGGUGGUUGCCCAGUACAAUCAACGAUUUGCCAAGACUAUCACCAAAGUGCUUCUGCAGUAUUGUGCUAUUCUAACCAAGAGUUUCCCCUCGUACUGUGAGAAAGAAAAGACGCCCUGUGUGUUGAUGAACAACGUUCAACAGAUGCGUGUGAUGUUGGAGAAGAUGUUCGAGUCUAUGGGAGCCAAACAGGGGGAAAAGAAGGACAAAGAGAAGGAGGAUGAGAACACGACCACAGAGGUGGGUGAUGGAGCUGAGCCCAAAGAUGAGGGAAAAGAGAAAGAGGCAACAGUCAACACAAAAAAGCUCGACUCGGAGGCUGCAGAUAUCCUCAAUGACCUGCAAGGGAAGCUUAAUUCUGUCCUGGAAAACCUGAGUGGCAUGUUUGCCAAGAGUUUCCAGGCCCGUGUGAAUGCAUGCGUGCGGCAGAUGGCGGAGAUCCUGUAUCAGAUUAAGGGACCUCUGAAUCAGAACACACGUAACACAGCGGAGGCUGAUGCAGACAACGCUCUGCGGCCGCUUAUGGAGUUCCUCGACACAAACCUCAGCAUCUUUGCGGACAUCUGUGACAAGACUGUGUUGAAGCGUGUGCUAAAGGACCUCUGGAGGACGGUUCUGAUCUGCAUGGAGAAAACGAUUGUGCUACCUCAGAGCAGCGACAGUAUAGGAGCUCAGCUUCUUACUGCUGCUAAGGAACUGUCCAAACUAAAGGGAGGGGUGGAGCCAAAGAGCUUGUCACCGAGGCAGUGUGUGAUCCUGGAGGCAGCGCUGGAUUCAAUCAAGCUCUUCUUCCAUGCUGGUGGAAAUGGUUUAAAGAAAAUGUACUUGGAGAAGAGCCCUGAGCUGUCGUCGCUGCGUUAUGCUCUCUCCCUAUAUACACAGACCACAGAUGCUCUUAUCAAGGCGUUUGUGACAACACAACAUGCUCAGGUUCAAAAUGGUAUGGGCAUCAGGAUCACCCCCAAGGAGAGUGUUCGACCCGACAGAGGCUCUGGGGUUGAGCGGCCGAUUGGGGAAGCGGUGAUUCAGCUGGAUUUGUCGCCUCCAGCUGGAAACACUGAGCAGAAACUCAGCGUCCGAGUGAUCGCAGUAAACGACAUGAAAUGGCAGACCUCAGGGAUGUUUCGUCCAUUUGUGGAUGUUAACCUGGUCGGCCCACAGCUUACAGAGAAGAAACGAAAAUUCACAACCAAAUCGAAAAACAACAGCUGGACUGCGAAGUACAACGAGGCCUUUCAGUUUGUGUUGGGUAAAGGCGUGAGUCUGGACUGCUAUGAGAUUCAGAUAACGGUGAAGGAUUAUUGUUUCGGUCGUGCGGAUCGAGUGGUUGGGAUCGCAGUACUGCAGCUGAGAGACGUAGCAGACCGGAAAAGCUGCGUGUGCUGGUGCCCCUUGGGUCCACGCAUCAACACUGAUGAAACCGGGACCACCGCACUACGAAUCCUCUCGCAGCGCUCGACUGAUGAGGUUGCCAAAGAGUUUGUCAAACUAAAGUCUGAGACCAGACCUGCUGAAGAGGGGAGGUGAAGAUGAAACUCAAGACUGACCUCAUCAGUUUGUCAUUAAAGCAGACUGAUUUAAACAGAGAGACUUCAGACUUCAGAGUAGACUUCAGACAAGCGUUCACAGACCAAUCACACAAGGACCUACACUGUUUAUAAAAUUGCGUAUGUUUAUUCAAAGCCUUAAGAGACACUUAACUGUCUGACUGGCUUUGCAUCACUCUACAUUAUGGCCAAUAACUCUCAAAAUGAGUGAUAGCAUUGAGAAAAGCGUUCUUAUCGUCAUGGAAAAUCUGGAAAUGUCAGGGAAAUUUCACAUGUUGUUUUCCAGGCAUGGAAAGUCAUGGAAAUGUAAAAUUAAAAAUAAAAAAAAAUCAGUGCUGAGAUAUUUAAUCAGAAAUCUAGAAACUAGAAAGAAGUGAAGCAAUUAAUGGAAAUAUUAACAAAUCUUAAAAAGCCAGCGCUAAAAUAUUUUGUUGGCUAGAAAUUGGUAUUUGGGAGAGCAUUGUGAAAAUGAUCUAAUAAAAUGACUGGAAAAGUUGUGCAAAUUAAAAAAAACUAAACAAAACUGGUCAGCACUGAAAUAUUUUGUUGGCUAGAAAUUUAUUUGCAAUUUGCACUUUUUCUUUUUAACAAACAUUAUAUAGGUAUUCAAAUGACUGGGGAAGCUAUGAAAAUAAAAAUAAAAAAAGUCUAACCUAAAAUGAUUUGUUGGCUAGAUAUUGGUAUUUGUAAGUGCAAUCUCUGAAUUCUUUGCAACAAUGUUUACAAUAUUAGCUAGUUUAUCAAACCGCUUGAAUAGUCAUUGAAAUGUAUUGGUUGAAAUGUGUGGGAGCCCUCUGAGAAGAGAAAAGCAGAACACUAUACAUUUUACUGAGCACUUCACCGUUAUUUAAAGCACAUUGUAAUGAAAGGUAUUAAUGACAUUACAAAAAAAAAUAAAAAAGUGAGAAGAUACAAGAGUUUUGCCAAACAUGAGUCUAAGGGCUCAUUCAACAUGUUCUUUGUGGCCUUCUGAAUGGGAGGAGUCUUCUAGCAGGGGGAGUGGUCUAACAAGAUUAAUUUGCAUUGGCUGCCUAUUCUUUGAUUGACAGGCAGGCCCAGAUAUGCACAUUUAGACAUAUUUUUCUCUAUUGGUCUUGUCCUUUACUGUGUUCUUGAAAUCUUAUCUGUGGUACCUUUAAUACAUUUAUCACCUUUGUCUACCUUUAAAGACAUUUCUAAUAGUCUGACUGCUCCAAAGAUCAUGACAAGCCCCCCAAGUCUCAAAACUGAUAAAUAAAGACAAAUAUAGACCAACCAGUAGUGCCAGAAAAUAAGAAGGGAUGUACUGUAUGAAACUUUGUUUACCUUGUGCCAAGUAGUUUGUAUGCUCUCUUUUUUGAGGUGUAAUGGAGUCAUGGUUUGUUUUGUCUGUAAUAUAUGCACAACUGUUAACACAGUCUGUGAAGUAGACUACUACACGUGCAUGUAUUUACUGUAGAUUCCAGCUUUUGGUCAUAUGUUUAUUUAUGUUUUGUCAAUAUGUGGAAAGCUAUUUAUGUAUUUCAAGCUAUGGAAGAGAUCCUAAUUUAUUUAUAAAUUAUUUAUGAAUUAA